AUGCAGAUCCUGGCCCCAGCCUCGAGCUGCAGCCUGCAGAGCUGCACGUCCAUUGAGUUCGGAGGCGCCACGUACUACUACAACACGACCUGCGUCGACGACGCUGUCAGCGUCCCGGACCUCGCGGCCACCGCGUUCGCAGGAUCCAGCUACAUCGUGAUGGAGCAGUUCAGUCGAGGCAACUGCAGCGCCGACAGCUACGCGCAGACCCACGUGCUGCAGGCCUUGAACCGCUGCAUGCCGUACGCCAUCUCGUCCAUCUCGGCGGCUGCCAACGCCUCCACCGUCGCGUUGAUCCUCGAGGACGGCUCAGUGAACAUCCAGUUCUUCAAUGCCGCGCGCUGCAGCAAGACGCCCGACUCCAUAGUGUCGACAAACCUGACGCAGGUCGCAGAGCACGAGUGCUAUCUCUCCAGCAGGUUCUACGUCAACGCGGACGACGACGUUGUGAGGGUGAGUACCGGUGUUAGUUCGUCCAGUAGUGACGCAGCGUCGAGCUCUGCUUCGGGUACUUCGGUAACGAUCGAGUCUGUGGCGGACGACGGGGGUCAGAGAUUCAGCGCUGCGACGUUGAUCGGCUCGCUGUCGGUAGCUGCCGUGCUGGUCCUGAGCGUCGUUGCGUUCGUCGCGUGGAAGUGGCGAUCGACCAAGCGGAAGCUGAUGCUGGCGAGGAACACGGAGCACAACAACAGUGUCGCCAUGCUGGAGCCAGACGACAUGGUGUAUAUGUCGAAACCCGUGAGUGGGCGGACGAUUCUGCCCUUGAGCAGUUUGAGCAGCAGCACGUGCUCGACUUUCCCAGAGCAGACGAUGACGCGCUCGUUCAACCCCGUUCUCUCCAGCUUCAGCUCGAGUUUUCAACCGCGGACGUUCAUCCCCGGGUCAAGUAGCAGCUCGAUAUUCCAAGGAACCACGACGAAUCGUCCAUGGGAAGACGAUUUCGUGGUGGCAGCGCGCAUUCCAAGGGAUAAAGUGGUGGUCGUGCAGCUUUUGAGUCGCGGGGGCUUUGGAGUCGUGUACUCCGGACUGUAUGGAGGCCGGCGCGUGGCCGUGAAGAUGUUGUUGCCUGAAACCCGACGCAGUAUCUCACAUGUUGUCGAUUUGCUAGCUGAGGUGAAGAUGAUGGCGUCCAUGGAGCACCCUCACAUCGUCGAGUUCAUUGGCGUGGCUUGGGACUCGCUGACGAACAUGUGCGUCGUGUCGGAGUUUAUGGCUGGAGGCGACUUGAAGGCGCUGCUGAGUGACUACGAAGAGCAGGAGUAUCCCAUGGGCUUCAGCAGGGAGAAGCUCAAGAUCGCGCUGCAUAUCGCCCACGCGUUGACGUACAUGCACUCGCUGGACCCUCCGAUAAUCCACCGCGACCUCAAGUCCAAGAACGUCUUGCUGAACGAGAAGCUGGACGCUAAGCUCACGGACUUUGGGACGUCCCGGGAGCGAGUGAACGAGUCCAUGACCGGAGGCGUUGGGACGUGCCUGUGGAUGGCACCGGAGGUGAUGAUCGGGGACAAGUAUGACGACAAGGCCGACAUGUUCUCCUUUGGUGUUGUGUUGUCGGAGCUAGACACGCAUUCCUCGCCGUACUGGCACGCCAAGGACCCCAACGACUCGAGUCGACAAUUGCCCGAGCCUGCGAUCCUGCAAAUGGUGGCAAUAGGGAAGCUCCACGUCAAGUUCUCCAAAGGAGCGACCAAAGCGGUCGUGGAACUGGGCAACUCCUGUGUGUCGCUAGACCCCAAGGCCCGGCCGACGGCUUCUGAAGCGCUCUACAAGCUCCAUACGAUAUUAGCGGAGGAUGUGGAGAAAGGUGGGGUAGUUGUCGAGUGA